AUGCUUUUUUUCAAUGAUGAUAAUAAUAAUUCUGAAGAUGCUAUUAUUUUUCAAGAUAAUAAUAAUAGUUCAGAUGAUAAUAUUCUUUUCACAGAUAAUGAUAUAUUUGAUGAUGAUUUUUUUUCCAAUAAUAAUGAGAACGAAAAUGUUUUUUUUGAUCAAAGCAGUAAUAAAGAUGAAAUUGCUAGAGUGUUACAUCUUUUUGAAAUUAAAAUUAGACAUGAUGUUACUAAUGCUUCUUUUAAAGAAAUUAUUACUGCAGCUAAUG